GAAUAUGAAAUAACGCAGUCGGUUUCCGCGGUUAUUAUGAUGAUAUUUAAUCAUUCCUCAAAUCCAGCACAUCAUUGUCAAUUAUUGGAAUGUUUAAUGACCCUAAAGCAAUCGAUAUUAAAGGAUCUCCUUUGCGUAAUAGCUUACGGUACAAGUACUGCGAGAUCUUCAGCAGCAAAACUUUUAUUUUAUUAUUGGCCUGCUUUUGAUCCCAAUCUCUUUGAUAGAAAGGGACUUAUUUGUAAACUAGGGGGCGAUCCUGCACCUUUUGUAUGCCAAAGAGACAUGUGUUCAAAUGCUGGGAAUGCUGAAGCAGCGAAAGUAUGUUAUGAUCAUUGUAUAGCAAUAACUUUUGCCAAUGAUGUACCACCUCCCCUUUAUUUGUGCAUUGAAUGCGCCAACGAAAUACAUAGGGAACACCCAAAUCAAGUUUUCCAUGAUAUUUUACACCCUGUUCAGCAAGUUUCUAUGGUUUGUGAAAAUAAAAAUUGCCGAUCAAAUGAUAAAUCUGCAGUGUCAGUGUGUUUCUCUAUCGAAUGUGCAAGUUAUAAUGGUUACAGGCCAAUUCGUUAUUGCCAACAAUGCCAUAAUAACAGGCAUAAUAACAGAAGGGGUGGUGAUCACAUAUUUCAUAAGAGUGUCCCCCCCACCUGGAGCCUCGAUGAAGAAAUGCACACAUACAUGAUAGAAGCAAUAAUAAGUUUGUUGAAAGAGUCAAAGCUUCAAACUUCGGAACCAAAAAGCCAAAGUGCAGGACCUGCUUCUACUAGUGAUAACAAGCCUUUAAGUCUUCCACCUCCUACUGAUAACAUAAGCUCAGAAGAAAGGCAACUUUUGGGCCGUUAUGGGGUUUGGCUCUUAGUGGGGAGAUGUACUCCUAACGAUAGCACAUCUGUUGAAGUAAUGGGACGACUACUAUCGAUGCUAUUUCAUUGGUUUCACAUGACUGCCUACUCUUUUGACGGACAAGAAAGUAUUUUGGAAAAACUUAAGGUUGAGAAUGUAUGUAGCUGGUUGAAGGAUCUUUGUAAAACACAUUACGAUCUUUUUGUUUCUUGCCUUUUACCGCAUCCUCCUGAUUAUGCUAGAAUUGGGGGCCAUUGGGACAGUUUAGCAUCUAGGACAACCCAUUUGAAAGAUGGUUUAAACCGUUUAUUUCAUUUAAUUCCUUAUGAAGUUAUUAAUCAAGAAGUUUGGGAUUUUGUCAUGCCUCAUUGGAUGGAAGCAAUCGUGAACGAUGUGCCCGAGAAGGAGCUGCAGGAAUUGAAAAUAAUACUAUCGAAAAUUCUGGACACAGAUAUGAGUCCGUUAGGUUUUAAUGCUGAUAAAAUGUACAACUUCGUUUCCCAAUGUUUUCUCAAAACUCCCGCUCCUGUUCAAAGAAAGGCACUGAAGUGGUUGCAAGUCCUUUCGAAUUUGGAAAUUAUUAUACCUUUGCAUUUAGUCUUUUCAAUAUUUCGCGAUGGAAUUCGUACAUUAAAGUCGAAUACGCACACAGAAUCAAACGACAAUAAACCGGUCGAAACGAUUGAGGCCAUAGCUAAACUUCCUGCCUGUAUAAUUCUUGAGCUAUAUUCACAAAUGAGCUCAUUUAAAUAAUUAGCUCCAGUUUUGCAAGAUUGCGACUCCGGAAAUACCUCGAUUAUGGACGAAGAAAACGCCCUUGCCCAUAAGGAUUCCAGUAGCAUACCAGAACAAAACCUUUUCUGCUGUAUUCUAAUGCUGGACAUUCUUCUAAAGCAAAUGGAACUUCAAGAUGUUGAUAAACACACCGGGAUCAACUCGUCGUUAUGCAAAGACGUUUGCAGAUUGCUAAAGUGUAUGAUAACAGCAACAUGGAUAAGUGGUCAUAAAUGCUCAUCAAAGCCCGCCGAAUGUACUUAUUGCGAAGCUAGCGUUAUGUGGCAUCAACUGUGUCUUAAAUUGAUUCAGUAUUUAUCACCAGAAAAGCCAGCACAUCCUCCAGAUCCACCUCUCGAAGAAUAUACUGACGAUUAUUAUAGUAAAAGUCCUCCUGAAAGUAGCAAAAAGGAAUCGAAAUCCGAUGUUAUUAUGACUGUUCCUGUCCCCGAAGCCCAUUCAAUUGGAGGAGUCUUAGUACACAUGCCCCAUGUGUGUUCUGUACGAAAAGUACCUCUUCAACAGAUAAUGACCGCGACUGUUGAGACAGUUUCAGAACAAUUAGACCUUACUGCUAUUAUUCCUGCGGAAAAGGUUGUCACAGCAAUGGCAAAAGCGAUCACAAUGUCCGAUACCGAAUAUAAUUCACAUUUGCGCCAUGAUAAACCAAGGAACGGAAGCGAUAAUUGUUUGACUAAUAAGGGGAUCGAUGACGGACCCGAAAAUAUUUUUGACUCUGAUGGAAAAUUAAAGUUUUCUAUUGAGGAAUUGCCCGAACAAUUUCAAUACGUUUACUACCUCUUUUCGGAAGUGCCAAAAGUUGUAAAAUCAGAAGUGCUUUACUAUAUGUUGCAGUGUUUGAAUAUAUUUUGUUUGCACGGCGAUGCAUGCACGAAAGCUUCUAAAGAACACAAAGCCUUUUUCAGAUACAUACAAAAUAAUUUACUCAUUAAAAAUUUAUGGAAUUUAUGUAACUCGGAACAUUCCCAUAUUGCUCAGGAAGCAGUUCCACUUUUGCUUCAUUGUAUCACAUUACCGUUCGGCGCGGAUGUUUUUUGGAAAAUAAUUCAGAGUGAUUUUCACAAUUCUGAUUGGAGAAUUCGAUUUACUGCAGUUGACAGAGUAACUAUGAUUGCCAGGUAUUUGGAUUUGGCUCCCUUAAGAAAUUUACCAGCCUUACAAGCCGCGUUGGCAAAUGCUUUUUGCUAUCUUAUAACCAGUAUGGACGAUUGUAGUGUAUAUGUGGCACAGAGGGCAACACUUUAUUUAGGAACAAUACAUGACACUGCCAUUAGGUCUCUUAUAAUAUGCCUAGAAACUCAGUUUGAUACAGUUAUAAUAGACAGACCAAUGAUUCUUCAAUCUCUUUACCAGCUUCAUAAUUCUUUGAGCGAAAGAAAGUUUUUGAGUUGGGAUUUUUUUUUGAAUCGUUUUGAUACGUUAUUUUUGGAAGCGCAAAUUAAUUUGGAAAAGUCCGGUGAUAUUUCAUAUUUAAGAGAUUUAAGAAACUCAGAUAUGAACAGUGACGUUUUCAUAAGAAAACUGCAUAGAGCUCAAGAAGCACUUUCGCAGCAAUCAGACAGUGCCACUAGCUCUGUUAAGACUUUAAGUGCCAGUUUUGGUACCAAAUGGCCCUAUAAAAGGACUAUGUCGGCACCCGCUUCUAUUAUAUCUAGACACGAGGCAAAAGAAACGAAAGAUAAAAUAUAUAGCAGACAGUUUUCUGCUCCAAUUUUAAAAAGGAAAAGUUCGAGAUUUGGAAUCGGUCAGUUUUUAGGCACUAGUAACAGCAUACCAGAUGGUCACAUGCAUUCUUUGAAUAUUGCCGAUGAUCAAAAUGUCAUCGGUUUUUUGCACAGAAUAAUUGAUUUGGAAGAAGCUGACAAAGAAACGAUGCAUUUGUUGGUUUUUUUGCUAAUGCAGUUCUUAUCAAGACCUGAUGAAGCGUAUCCAACUGAAAACAAAUACAUUUCUAAAUCGCAAGGAAUUGUGCUGCGACACCUUUAUCUUUUACUUGGUUACAGUCAAAAUGAUCGAGGAAUUUAUAUCUCUCCUCAACGUUUGAGAUCAUCUCCAGCAUUUUGUGCAUUUCUUUCCAAUUUACCCCAACUUUUGGAUCAGAAUCAUUUAAUUGGUCAUAUGCUUCUUCCAACAACUAUGAUACUACUACAAUAUUCCGCUUCCCCACAUUCUGUUCAAAACAGUGUGGAUCUUCAACAACCAGUUUACAGUUUAUGGGCUUUAGAACCUCAUUCCAGAAGGUGCUGGCUAAUGUCAGUAGUCGUUUUACUUUAUAAGUAUCAAUACAAUCAAUCCACCCAUUGUGGUCAACUUUCGUUUCUUAUAAAAAUUAUUCUGAAUACUCUUGAUGCGCAACAUCAUCAGUGUUGUAGACUACCAGCGACAAUUAUUAUGGGAGGUGCAAGUUCCCGUUCUAGAGAUGUCAGUCAACCAUCUUUGGGUACUGAAUAUGAACAUGGGGAUAAAUUCAUCACUCCUCCCUUGUCUCCAAUGUAUUCUCUAGAUGGGCAAUCGGUUCAAAUCGCAGCAGGAUUGAGAAAUACAAAAGUCCAAAAUAUUCACGCAAAAAUUGCAUCCGGAACUAGUAUGGAAACGCAUUGGGAAGAAUCAUCAAACGAUAAUAUUCGAUGCUUAAAAGUGGAGAAAGUAGAUGUUAAUGUGGAUAUGGACGAUUCUGAAUCUGAACUUCUCGCUAUUCCUGAAAGUGACACUUCAGAAAGCACUCUACAGGGAAGCAUACACAGUUCUCUGGAACUCGGAGAUGAUAACUAUUACAUUCAUGUCAAAGAAAAAAAGUGCCAUAUAGAAAAACAUCUUGAACCUGGCUAUAAAAAUGGAUCAAAUAAAAACAAAGCUUCUACUAUUGAAAAUCGUCCGACGUGGUAUAUAGGCGGCAGUCAAGAAUUUGUUAAGGCAAAUGGAAAUAAAAUAUACAAGACUAAUAAAAUAUCGAUUCAUAAUCAUUUGCCAGCAAAAACACAAAUGAAUAAGAACUCCAUCAAUUCGAACUCGGUGUUGUCCAGCACAACAUUAGCAGAUUUACAUAUUCAAAAUAAUAAUAUCGGUAGCACUAAUAAUAAUCAUCGUACAAUAACACCAGUUACUCCUGAAAUACUAAGAAAGAACGAGGAACUAAAAAUUUUAAGUUGUACAUCGUCGUCUGAAAGCGAAAAUUGCUUAAAAGAAGAUAAAACUAUUCCAAAUUUUGCUACUCCUACUUUGGAAAGGCUACUUCCCAUUGGGUCAAGAAUAGCAGACUCGAGAUCUCCUGAAUCUCCUCUUUCAAAAAUGGACAUUAUACCAAUAGAUUUACCUCAAGAAGUAGUUUGUUAUCCUACCCUAGAUUCACAAUUGGAGAUUCCAUCUCAGGAAAGGCUAUUACCUAUUGGUCAGCAUAGUAAAGAUAUCACACAUCUUGUUGAUAAAAUGAAGCAAGUUUUAAAAUUAAAUAAUCAAAUUCAAAGACCAUCAGUGGAAAGUAAAAAAGUGAUGAAAAAAAAUAACGGAAAGGAUGAAAUUCCUCGCAAUCAUAGCCCUAGAAGGCUCAUCAAACAGGUUGCUUUAGAAAGUCCUCCCGGUCAAGGCGAACUAUUUACAACCACCCUCAAUGUCACUUUAAAGAAAGAUACAUCAUUAAAUCAGAAACGCCCAAGAAAAAGUAGUCCGAUUUCCCCAAUAUCUUAUCAGUACAUGGAAAAUAGACAAUUUGGAUCUUGGGUAAUACCACAAGUUGCCCCUAAACCAGAAGGACAAGAUCUUAAACAAAGCUCAUUUCGAACUGGCGACGAUUGCGUUAGUGAGAGAUGUUCAGAAUGUGGUACAGCUCGUGAAGAGUAUAGUGAUGAAGAAUUAGGAUUAUGUAUAGUCGCUUUAGGCACUUUUAUUCAUAGGGAACCUGCUUCUGCAGCCCCAUUACUUCCAGAAAUAUUACACGCAGUGGCUAAGAUUGCGACGCAUACAUUAUAUCCUUGGCAAAAUGAAAGCAAUGUACACUUACCAGGAAGUGCAGUUAGUGUAGCUCAUCAGUUCUUAAGAUGUGUUUUACAUCAGUUAGCCCCAAAUGGAAUUUUUACACAGAUGUUUCAAACACGCAUUAGUGAGAAAAUAAGAACUCAGUUUUUUAAAAGUGUUGUUAAAGCAUUACUAGAUUUUAUGGAGUUAAACCCCGUAGCCCCAUUGCAUCUUUUACUCGAGAUGUUAAAUUCCAAAAAGUCGUGGCCAAUCCAUAUGAUGCCUACAAUUCUUCAAAAUAUGUCUAUUUAUUUAGAAUGCAUCGCCAAUGAAACAAACUUAUUUGCAACAAAUGCUGUUUGGAGUAACACGUUACCUCAGUUAGAAAUGUUUUUUCGGAGAUUAUUGGUUAUACUUGGUCAACUAGACGAUAUAGGAGCGUUGCUAAAAAUGGUUUUGUUGAUUUUAAAAGUUUCUGCAAUCUCCCAACAUAAGGGUAUUUUAGAGCCUUUUACUAAAAUAAUCAGUUACACAAUACAAAAGCAUAACUUUAAAUAUAGUUAUUUAGUAGAUUUGUGCCAUUUAUGCGCUAAAGCAUUUACUAAAGAUAGAGAUAAAUUAAUAUUUAGCAGAACCACCGCAUAUGAAUUAAUACAGGUGUUAAAAUUCAAAACGGUGAUCCCCGAUUCUAAUCUCUUAAUGCUUAUAAAUUUAGUACUUCAGGACACCGGGGGUUCUUUGCCGGCGCAGAGUAUGUUUUAUGGAAAUAAUACAAGCAUAUCGGAAUGUAUGAAAGUUCAUUUAUCGGAUUUGGUUGAUUUCUUAACCGACUUUCAUACUUUAGCGAAAAUAAAAAGUUACUGUAAAGGGGCUCACAUAGGAUUAAACGAAGAUACCAUAGGAGGAAUAAUUAAAGGGGCCGUUGCCCAAUAUAUCGCAAUAGAAAUAGCAAAAGGAAAUGGCAAAGAAAACAGAAUUGUUACACGGUACUUUCCCUGGCUAUACACCUCCAUUAACGUACAACAAACGCCAAGGGAAUUUAUAGAAUGUAUUACUCAUAUCCGUCUUUUAUCAUGGUUGCUGUUGGGAUCACUUACCUAUUGCGCUUUUCGUGGGUUUGGGUCAGGAAAUAAUAAUUUCCAGCCGAUUCCUCAAGAAGCGUCAUGCCAAAUUGCUGAGCAUGUACAAGCAGUCAUAUCUGGAUUUGCUGAACAACACAGAUCCUCAGUUCUGCAUAUGUCUUCUUUAUUUCAUACUUUUAUAUUAUGCCAAUUAUGGACCAUUUAUUUGGAACAAAGUUUAGGAAUAUAUUUACCUAUAAGUGAAUCAUACAAUACAACGAUGAAUACGUUAUUUGACUUUUGGAGUAAAGUCAUGCCGUCAGUAUUACAACUUAUAAAACAUUCUCGAGCAUUAAACGAAAUUGUUAGUAUGCAUUUUUUGAACACUUUAGAAGCGUUAUUAGAAUGUAAUUCUACUAUUGUAAGUAAACUAAUGCCACUUUGGACCUCAAUACUUUGCUCAACUAACUUACCUGGUCACUUACAAGUCCGCCUUCAAAACUGUUACAAUUUUAUACCUAAUGUAUACCUCGAAGUUUUACCGAAUAAAUCGAGCUUGCAUUUGAAUAAUCCAAUGUUAUUGAAAUGGUUNUUUAAAUUUAAAUUUGCUUUAUUAUAA